AUGACGUCUGAACGGACUGAAUCGACCUCCACUUUAACGGACUCCGCAUCCCCAAUGAUUCCCGCCAAGAACCCCGGCCAGGCCUCGGAGCCCGACGCCGACGCCAAGUCGAAAGCUCAGCCUUCCCAGGUCCGCUUCUCAUCCAUCACAGAGGAGAUCGCGCCCUCUCGAUCCGAAUUGUCUCCUGUUCCCGAAGUUCAGCAGCCUCAGCAAAAGCCUCCCACCGAAGAGGAACAGCUACGGUCGCUUGCCAUGAGUCUCCAGGGCACACAGCUCCAGGAGUCACGGGCUCGGAACUUCUCGUUUGACCCUAUGUCUCUACCUUCCUCAAGGGUCGCUUCUCGAGAGUCGAGUCGCAGUGGAUUAGGCACUGGUUCCUUCGCCUCCCCGCAUGCUUCUCCCCCCGUUUCUGCUGUACAAUCACCCCCUCUUACUCCCGCCGCGACCCAUUCCCGCGAAGGCAGAACCAGCGACGGCGCCUCCCUAACAUCCGCAACCCGACCUCACGUGCAGACAAAUUUCACCCCCGAAGCAUCACCCCCAGUUGGCUCAGUCGAUAAGAAUGGGACCUCUCGGCCUACUUCGAAUUCUUCUCGGCCUCCAUCUACCGAUCAGCUGCCUAUUCGUCAAAGUGAGGGGUCGGACCGCGCAGAUCAUGUCGCUCAGCUCCCACGGCAUCGGGCACAAUUCUUCAUUGGAAAUGACGGAGGCGCGCAAGACGAAAGCCCUCCCGCCACCCCGAGAGAUUCUCAUACACCGCCGGGGGCUAUGACCCCGGUAGGCGAACCUAAUGAUCCAUAUGCGCGUCACAAACGUCCUCCUCAGUCCAAAAAUCUUGCUCAGCUGGAUCCUCGGUUCAUCUUCAGCAGCCGAGAUGCGAAGCGAUCAUUUCGUCCGGGAACACCCCGAUCAGCCAGCGCGAAUGAUCUCAGCAAGACUGGCGAUAAGCGAAGCAUAUUUGGUGGAAACAAGAAGGAUUCUGGAAACGAGAAGCCCCAUGGUCAUGGCCACCACGGGUCCAUGUCUGAACUGAAACGAUUUUUCAAGAUGGGUCAUCGCAACAAGCGAUCCGAAUCCCCAUCGUCCAUGCCAAAGAAGUCAAGUCGGGGAUCUGGAAAGAACACCCCGUAUCAAAUGGCCCCUGACAACGUUCCCUUCGCGGAUGAUCAUGGACUGAACUCCAAGUAUGGAAAAAUGGGCAGGGUCCUUGGGUCUGGUGCUGGAGGCUCCGUCCGUCUUUUGAAACGGAACAGUGACGGUGUAACCUUUGCAGUCAAACAAUUCCGUGAUCGGCACAAUUGGGAGAGCCUGAAGGAGUACUCUAAGAAAGUCACUGCGGAAUUCUGUAUUGGCUCCACUCUGCAUCAUGGCAAUAUCAUUGAGACGCUCGAUAUCAUCCAAGAAGGAACUCACUGGUACGAAGUCAUGGAGUAUGCCCCAUUCGAUCUUUUCGCCAUUGUCAUGACUGGCAAGAUGGGAAAAGAUGAAAUUGCCUGCUCUUUCAAGCAAAUUCUGAGUGGUGUGGCGUAUCUGCAUGGCAUGGGCCUCGCCCAUCGGGAUUUGAAGUUGGAUAACGUCGUGGUCAAUGAUCGCGGUAUCAUGAAGCUUAUUGACUUUGGCAGUGCUGUCGUAUUCCGCUAUCCUUUUGAAAACGACAUUGUUCCUGCUUCAGGUAUCGUUGGCUCGGAUCCCUAUCUUGCCCCAGAGGUCUACGACGAGAAGAAAUAUGAUCCUCGCCCCACGGAUGUUUGGUCGCUGGCGAUCAUCUUCUGCUGCAUGACUUUGCGCCGAUUCCCAUGGAAGCAGCCACGCAUGACCGACAACUCUUACAAGUUGUUUGUCUCCAACCCUUCUCCGGGAACCCCACUUGCUGAGUCCGACCCUCGCCGUCGGCCCAAGUCGACUCCUGAUCUUCCCUCCAGCGGCAACGAAAACAAGCGAUUGACUCCCCGCUCAAGUGGACCCUCUGAUCAGUCUGGUUCUGAGCAGAACGGGAACGGCAACAAGUCGGAACCCCAGGGUGAUGGUGAUCGGUCCCCCGACACCCCCACCGCUCAGAAGCAGAUCAGCCAGACCAGUGCCCAUACUAAUAGGCCCACUCGCACGACCAGCAAAGAAGCACCUCCUCUCCCCCCAGGUUCUUCUCAAUCCUCCGGUCAGCGCCCGGAAGUCAUCAAAGGGCCCUGGCGUCUUCUCCGGAUCUUGCCGCGGGAAAGUCGUUACAUCAUUGGCCGUAUGCUCAAGGUCAAUCCAAAGGAUCGAGCGACUCUCGAUGAGGUUCUGUCGGAUGAGUGGGUCAGAGGCAUUCACACUUGUCAGCAGGAUGGAACUGGAGAAGUCAUUAACGACCCCGGCCACACUCACGUUCUCGAACCCCCAUCUCAAAGCCCUGCCGUUGCCAGCAAGGGCGCCAAAGCCAAGUAA